AUGAGGAAACAGGACGAUGAGGCAACAAAUAGAAUUACCAAUUCACAAUCUAGGCGAGUUCCUUUGCCUAUUAGUACAAGUUUUGUUCUUUCAUUGAAUAUAAUUGAACCAAGUAUUUCAGCAACUUUGAAGAAAAGAAAAGUUAAUGAUUCUACUCUUGAUAGAGCUUUUGACUUGCAAACUAGAGCUCAAUUAGAUGCAGGGAUUGCUAGAAUGUUCUACACUGGGGGCCCCAUGUUUAUCAAAUUUGUAUAUUGUUCUGGUGAAGUGAAAGAUAAGCAAUUUAUUGCUAAUUUGCUAAAGGAAGUAAUUGAUGAGGUGGGUUAUCAAAAAGUGGUACAAGUCAUUACUGAUAAUGCUUCGAAUUGUAAGGGUGCUGAAGAAAUCAUUGAAGGAAUGUUUCCACAUAUUUAUUGGACUCCUUGUGUUGUGCACACUCUCAAUCUUGCUUUGAAGAGUAUAUGUGUAGCAAAAAAUUUGGAAACUAAUCAAGAAACUUAUGAUGUGUGUCAUUGGAUCACUGAAAUCCAUGGGGAUGCUUUGCAAAUCAAGAAUUAUAUAAUGAAUCAUUCCACGAGGCUUGUAAUUUAUAAUCGGUUUAGCCCUUUGAAAUUGCUUUCAGUUGUUAACACUCGUUUUACUUCUAUUGUUGUGAUGCUUAAAAGAUUUAAACUCAUAAAGCGUGCUUUAGGAGCAAUGGUUAUGAGUGAUCAAUGGGCACAAUACCGAGAAGAUGACCAAGGCAAAACCAGUUUUGUUCGUGAUAAAGUGGUGGAUGAGGAAUGGUGGGAAAAGAAUGUUAUUUUUUAUCAUGAAGGAAAGCAAGUGGAUGAGUUUUCUCCUUUCUAUCAUGUGGUUCAUCGAAUUCUUUUUGAUCGUUGGGCAAAGAGCAAUACUCCCCUUCAUUGUUUGGCUCAUUCACUAAAUCCAAGGAGGAUUUUUUCAAAUGAAGAUGAGCGAAUUAGAACAAAUGAUGAAUUUGCAAAUUUUUCUUUGAAAAGUGAGCCUUUUGCAGAUCCUGAUUCUAUUAGAAGUAUGUAUGCUACAAAUCCUAGGAAGUGGUGGGCAUGUUUUGGUUCCAAUGCACCUUUACUUCAAAGAAGGAAUAAAUUAACUCCAAAAGGUGCAGAGGACUUAGUUUUUAUCCGUAAUAAUCUUCGUCUUCUGUCGAGAAACUCCUCCCAAUAUUAUGAUGCGAAAACAAAAUUGUGGGAUAUUGGUGGUGAUCAAUUUGGGAGUAUGGAAGAUAUAGGCGUUCUUGAAUUUGCCAACCUUUAUUGGAUGAACCAGAGUUAG